AUGGCCUACGCCCCGCCUCACGGCCCCGUGACGCCCACUGGACCGCCUACCGACCUCCCUGUACCGCUGAGGGACCUCGACCUGCUCUCGAUCGACCCGGGCGCACACUCGCACGCCCACUCGAGCUUGGCGUCGUCGCCCACGGCGCCGCACUUCUCGCACCUCGCACCACCGGGACGCUACACCCGCCACCCGGGCGACUUCCCACCCGAGAUCAUCGCCCUCAUCAUCCACCACUACUACUACGCCGAGCUCCCGUACCCUCAGCACUUCCCCAACCCGGACCCGUACCUCGUCCUCCUCCCCGGCAACCCGUGGCACCCGCCGCGCCUCGCCCCGCCGCUCGAUGUCCAGGCCAAGGACACGCUCGCCGCCCUGUGCCUCGUCAACAAGACGUGGUCGGCCGAGGCGACCCGCGCCCUGUGGCGCCGCGUCAGCUUUGGCAUGCCACGCGCGUUCGAGUCGGUCCUGCGCACGAUCGAGGAGUACUCGGGCGGCCAGCGCGUCGCGCGCCCGCUCCGCAGCGACCUGCGCCGGUGGACCAGCCUCGGCGGCGGCAGCGGCAGCGGCAGCAGCAGCGAGCGCAGCAAGAGCCGCGGUCGCGAGCCGUCGGCGUCGUCGUCCAGCCACCGCGCGACGGGCAGCCUCGGCCUGAUCGGCCUCGGCUCGCCUGGUCUCGCCGGCGCCGACACGCCGCCGGCCUACUCGCCGCUGUCGCUCGUCGACAACGCGAUGGACACGAGCGACGUCAUGACGCCCAUGGCCGAGAAGCAGGACCAGCUCCAGCUCGGCGGGCCUUGGGCGGCGGCCGGCGCAGCCGUGUCGCCCGUCGUCCAGCAGGGCGCCAAGUCGGGCGAACCUGUCGAGCUCACCGCCGGCCUCGGCCCGUCCAUGUUCCCGACCCUCCCGACCCUCGACCCGUCCGAGUCGCCCCUCCUCUUUACGCGGUCGAUCUCGUUCGCCCGGUUCCGCACCGCCGGCAUGAAGCGCACGCUCCGCCAAGGCUCGAACGAGCGCUUCGUCACGCCCGCACGUCUCGUCACGCUCCUCGGCGGCACGCGGUACCCGCGCCAGAAGCUCGUCUUCCCCGCCAAGCGCGAGGUCGAGGAAGAGGACGAGGAGGACGAGGAGGACAGCCCGUGGAGCGAGAGCGAGGCCGAGAGCGACGCGGGCACGCCGGUCGGCGGCGGGAGCAAGAGGAAGAAGCACCUUGGGCAGCUCUGCCAGGUCGGUCUGUCCGAGUACAUGGAUUCCGCCAUCACGUUCGAGGUCCUCCAGGAGGUCCUGUUCCGCGGCGGCUACCUCGCCGAGUACGAGGAACCCGACGAGCCUCCCUUCCCCGAGCUCGCCCACUCGUCGUCCGAGUCGGACCUCGGCGUCGGCCUGCGCUCGCCGUUCGACCCGACGCCGGCGAUGCACCUCGCGCCAUCGCCCGCCGAGCCGUUCCACUACCGCCACCUCGGCUCGUCGCACUCGCGCUCGCCGUCGUCGGACCGCGGCACGAUCGACGGUGGCCGGCGCCGCCGCUCGUCGUCCGUCUCGACCUCGACCUCGAUCGCCGAGGAGGACGAGACGAUGGCGGGCGACACGGACGACGAGGUGACGGGCUCGGGCGCGCGCACACCUGUCGGCCGCCGCCCGGCGCAGUGGAUGCAGCGCCGCGCGAGCGGGUCCCGCUUCACCUACGGGCGCAGCAGCACGGCCAACUCGUCGCAGACCAACCUCGAGCACGCCCUCGACGGCUACAGCUCGACCGACGACGGCUCCAGCGGCGCCGAGGACCACGGUCGGGCCGCCGAGGGUCCGAGCCCGGGCGAGGGCGUCGACGAGGACGAGCCGCGCGGCCGUGAGCGGUACGGUCGCGGCAGGGUCCGGUUCCCGCAGAGCCAGAGCUCGAACGGGCUCUCGGCCGCCCUCGUCGGCGACGCGGGAGCGGCCGUCGCCGGCGGUAUCGGCGGCGGCGACAGCAGCUCGCGCGGUCGACCUCGUCUCGGUCGCCCGCUCCUGCCGCCGCACCUGUACACGAGCAGUCGGUCGUCGUCGCUGCCGGCCCCGGCGCACGGGCAGGACCAGCAGCAGCAGUCGCACGCCGUCGGCGCGAGCGGGUUUGCCGCCGCCGCCGCCGCCGCGUGGCGCUCUCGCGCGCGCCAGCUGUCGAUGUCGCGCGCCUCGGAGCGCUCGUCGUCGGUCCCGGCGAGCGUCACCGGUCGUCGAGGGUGGGCGCCCGAGCCCGCGCCCAAGCGCACGGUCCAGGUCCUCGAGGGCUCGCUCGCCGUGCAGCCCGUGCGCGCGCUCGACCUGUGCGGCUGCGUGUCGCGCGUCUUUGUCGGCGCCCUCGAGGAGUUUACCAAGACGUACAAGCUCGGCCCGCCGGCGCUGUCGGUCCCGUCCGGCAUGGGCGGCACGAUGGACACGGUCGGCGAGGAGGACGAGGACGACGAGAUGGCCGACUUUGUCAACGGCUCGCGCACGCCGUCGGUGCGGUCGAUGCGCAUGGGCUGGGGCGUCGAGGAGCGCGUCCUGAACCGCACCUUCUUCCCGCACCUGCGCCGCCUCGGCCUCGCGUCGAGCCUCCUCCCCUCGGAGCUCCUCACGGCCUUCGUCCUGUCGUUCCCCUACCUCACCCACCUCGACCUCGCGUCGACCUUGACGUCGCCCAUGCUCCUCAAGGGCCUCGCCCUCGCCGGCCAGAACGGCAUCGGCGGUCGGCCGAUGCGCCUCAAGGCCCUGUCGCUCGCCCGGUGCCGCCUCAUCACGGGCCCGGCGCUCCUCGGCCUGUUUUGCGGCGACUGCCCGCCGUUGACGACGCUCGCCGGCCUGUCGGACGACGACGACGAGAUGUGGGGCUCGGGCGAGGUCGUGAGCGAGUUGACCGACCUGAGCCUGUUCGGCGACGGCACGUACCCGAACCCGCUCGAGCGGCCCGAGUUGCGCCUCGUCGUGUCGGCGUCGCCGGCGUUCCGGUCGGGCUGCCUGCGCACGCUCGACCUGUCGAGCACGCCCAUGACGGACGAGCUCCUCCUCGAGCUCAUGCCGGCGCAGCCGCACCUCCUCGAGCUCGGCCUCGCGCACUGCCGGGGCAUCAGCAUGCAGGCCGUCGCCGGCUUCCUCGCCAACAAGGCGCCGGGCGUCGAGGUCCUCGACCUGUCGCACUCGUGCCCGUCGCUCGUCGGGCAGGGCAUCUCGUCGCGGCGCCGCGUCACGCUCGGCCAGCCGACCAUCUCGAUCAUGGAGCUGCACGCCGUCCUCCUGUCGCAGUGCGCGAGUCUCGAGUCGUCGAGCUCAAACCCGGACGAGGCGCAGCUCCUCCUCGCCCUGCGCGCGACCAACCUGCGCGUCGUCGAGCUCGACGAGAAGAGCCUCGAGCUCGUCCAGGGCGGCGCCGGCGACUGGAAGCCCAUCCCCGGCAAAGGCCGCCGCGGGUGGUACGUCGACACGGCCACGUCGAGCAUGUUGACGCCGGCCCACUCGCCGAGCUCGAGGCCGAGGAGCCUCGUCCACCUCGCGCCCGACCACCCUCAGCGCCAGGCGCUCCUCAAGCUCGUCCAGCAGAAGGGUGCAGUGUCGUUCGAGGUCGGCUGGCACUCGCGCAAGCUCGAGGUCAUGCGCGGCGACGGGCUCGUCGGGUCGCGCGCCGAGGGCCUGUACUCGUACCACGCGUACGGCUAGGUGCGGCGGCACGGCGCGGC